AUGACCCCAACACUGGCUGCAUGGGACUUCAAGUACACGGCGGCUGCGCUGUCUGCAUGUGGGAUGAGCGAAUACAUUCGCCUGUCUGUGCGCCACGGCCCGAGCGCCAACCCGUACAUUCUGUGCGCUGGCGUCGUACCUGUGGUCCUGAGUGCACGUGAGCUGCGCAUUGACACGCCACCCCACCCUGCGCUUGAGUUUUCGCGUGUCCUGCACUGCUGUGGGCGGCAUGUGGCUGCAUCGUCAUCACCGUCAUCAUCGUCAUCGUCAUCGUCAUCGGGGUCGUCAAAGGCGUCCGCAACGCAUGGUUCAGGAAGCGCCAUGCACGGAAAUUUGUACAUGCGCGCCGUGAUCAUGGAUGGAUUUGGCGUCCACGCGCUGCGGGAGAUUGCUGUUGGGCUCGGCAGCGUGGAGGCCUUCGUUGAAGACGCCUUCUUAUAUGCGGUGAUUGGCAUGGGUCGGGCAUUCCUUCCUGCGCUUUCCCGCAUCGCCAACACGGGGAGCAGCAACGAGCUGGCGUCCUCAUCGCAUGUGCGGCCUCCAGAAAACUUGCCCGGCACAACAACACCCAGUGACAAUGUGAGCACAACAUCCUCGUCGCCGUCAUCAUCAUCGCAUUCGUCGUGGUCGUCGUUGUGGAAGAAAGAUGGAUCGCUGCCGCUCCUGCUGGUUGCGCCACCGCGUGCAGUGUCCAUCCAGCAACUGCACAUUGACGCUGUGCACGCAGAGAUUACGGCGCACGCCUCGGCCUUUCUCUUCCUCAGCCUUGAUCGCGCGGUGCUGCACCUGCCACGUUUGGAUGCGGAGAGCGUAGGACACGUUGACAGCCGCGCACUCGCCGAGUCUGUGGCGCGCCACUACCAAGGGCAGGCAGUGAAGCAAGCCGGGUGGGUGGUUGGCUCCCUGGGUCUGUUGGGCAGCCCUGCAACUGGCAUUCGCCGUGUGUUUGGAGCAUUUGGGGGUCUCCUGGAGGCCGCGCUGGGACCCGCGCCACGACACGGCAACGGCACUCUGCCUACCCAGUCGCCGUCUUCAUCGGCAUCCGCAAGCGCGUACACGCGAGGCGGGCGCGCUGGACGCGUGGCGGUGGCAUCGCAGCACUUGCUGGCACAGACAGCAACUUCACUGCUCACGUCUGUGGAGACAGCGGCCAAGAGCGUUGGCCGAAACAUCGGACGCAUGACCAUGGAUGAGCACCACCAGCGAUUGGGGCAAGAGCGACGGGUUGCUUGGCAGUCACAGCAGGAGUCGCUUGGGCGUCACCUGCUGCAUGGGGCACAAGGAUUUGGCAUGGGUUUGCUUGCAGGCAUUGCCGGUCUGGCUGACCAGCCCAUUCGAGCCUCAAUCUCUGACCAAGCUUCGGUGUCUGGCGUGCUUGCUGGUUUUGGGCGAGGCGUUGUUGGUUUGGUAACGAAGCCCCUAGAGGGCACGUUUGGUCUCGUUGAAUCAACAUCGCGCGGCAUUGCCACCCUCUUCCCCACCGACCGCCCGCGUGCCGUUCAUGGAGCAGCGGUCCUGGCGUCCCCGCAAGCGCGCCUGGGGGACAGACAUGGGCUGCUGUCGUUGUGGCUGGCAAUGCUGUCUUCGCCCUGGCUCUCAUCGGCAACCACAUGCCCUGCGCACGCAACACUUGUGAACGCAACGCUUGUGGCUGAGACGCCCGCGUUACACAAUGUGCUGCUGUGGUGGGAUUGCUCGGGACGGGUGGUGCUGACUGCACGCCGUGGUGAUGGCGAGGUAUAUGAGCUGUUGGCGAUGCACGUGCGAGACGCAGUGACGUGGGAGGAAAACACCAUGCCCACCACAGCAACCAUGAUGGCAACACUGCAACGAAGCGGCCUCGCAAUACACGUGCAGGCUACGCGGGCACAUGCCACCGCAGGCACGGCAGUGCGUGGUGCACUCACGCUGGCCGUGAAGAAGGUUGCCCGCAAGCACGAAAAUGGUGGCGAUGAUGCCAGUGUUGACGGCCGGAACAGCAAACAACAGCAACCACGUGGCGGUGAAGGAGAUGCAUCAGACAGCGAGGUUGUGAAGCUGACUGUUGCAUUGGGUGACAGACGAGUGCUGCAAGGGGAGCUCACAACACACAACGCAGCCCGGCUGCUGCGCUCUUUAUCAGGAUGAACGUGCUUGGGCAGAGGAGCAGGGGAGUAGGGGUAGCUGAAGUUAAUGUAUUGUUGUAACAACGUGAACGCAAGGGAUAAACGAAGGAACA